UAAGUUCAUAUUAUAUGUAAUAAUAAGUCAGAGAGACUAAAGCAAGUUUAGCAAAGGAUUAAUUCAAGUGGAGGUGGUCAUGGCGGAGGAGUUUCUUCAGGCGGGGAUCUGUGGCGGGACAUGGUGGAUGAUGAAUCCGUCAAAGGGUAUGUUUGGCGGAUGUUCUUCGCCAAUUGGUGAUGUUGGGAGCUUCGGAUGGGGAGCUGAUGUGGUGGACAUCAAGCAAAGUUCCGCUUGUGAGGAGUCUAAUAUUACUUCGGUUUCCGAUAGCUCCAUGGCUUUUCCAAGUUGUCAGAAGCCGGAUUCAGACAGCAGUGGUGGUGAUAAUGUUUUUAUUGAUUCCACCUUGCCAAUAAUGGGUUUUGGUCUUUCUUCUUCAACAACAUCGGAUUGGAACCCAUCUUUGCUCCGUGCUAAUGGAAGAGCUGAGAAAUAUUACAAUUCAACGAUUCAUGAAGAAAUGAAUCCGAGGUUGAAUUGCCACCAAGAAACAGUCAUGGACUCUUCACAAAUCAACAAGGACUGGAGUCCCGGAGAUAAUUAUUCCUCCACAACCGAUUUUCUUCUAGAUCAACCGAGGAUGAAUUCCAUAACCAGCUCCGGCAGCAGAACCACCGGAUUUCCGGUAGAUUCGGCUUCUUCUGUACUGCUGCAGAGUUUGUUUGAACCCGAUCAUCCUCAACCACAGCAGCAGCUUUUCAACAACCAGUCAAUGAACUACAUGUCUAAUGAUCAGUUAUCGCCUUCUUGGCCUAAACUUCAGCCUUCCUUGUUUAGAACAUCUUUGCCAAAGCAGCAACUGGCUGCAGCCGCUGGCGGCCUUCAAUUCUCCAACAAUACAACCUUUUGGAACACAGGUACCGCCGCCCUAAACAACGGUAGAACCAACUUUUUGCCUUCAUCACAACCACAGUUUCUCGUACCAACAUUUGAGGAGAAACUCAGUUGCUCCACCCUCACGACCAAGACUGAAGAAGUUCGAGAAUUGGGGAUGAUGAAGAAAGGAAGAACUGAACCUGUAAUUAAAAGGCCUAGAAUUGAACCGCCACCACCUUUAACAACUUUUAAGGUUCGCAAAGAGAAGCUAGGGGACCGAAUCACUGCCCUCCAGCAAUUGGUUUCGCCUUUUGGGAAGACCGAUACUGCAUCUGUUCUGCACGAAGCCAUUGAAUACAUCAAGUUCCUCCAUGAUCAAGUCAAUGCUUUAAGCACUCCAUACAUGAAGCAAGCAUCUCCUAUUCAACAUCAACAGAGUACUGAGAAAUUGAAGGAUCUAGAACAAGAUUUGAGAAGUCGAGGACUAUGUUUGGUGCCCAUAUCAAGCACAUUCCCAGUUGCUAAUGAGACCACAGCUGAUUUUUGGACGCUAACUUUCGGGGGACUUUCAGGUAGAUGAGAAACAAAGAAUGGAACAAAAAGAGGAAUUCUGAAGCACUGUAGUAGUACAUUAUUAAUAAUGUCAAACCUGCCAAGGCCGAGUGGGGAGAAGUUAACUUUAAUUUAGAGUUCAAAAAGGAUAUAAUGCAAACUUAGAAGCUGCAUUGCUGUGCUGAGCCUUUCUCCAUGAAAAGCUGAAUAAAGAAAACAAAGAAAAGGAGAGAAGAAUGAAAAGGGAGGGGACCCUACAAAGGAUGGACAGUUAGUGCUGGGCCAGCUGCUGCAAGCAGAUGAAUGAUGUAGGCUAGCAAAACGAUAAGAAUCCUGGAAGAAAAAGGAGUAUAGUUUUUUUCAGUCCGGACUAAGAAAAAAAAGCCAGUUCGAUCAAACCACAUUCCUAACAUGUGAUUCUUCCUUCCCUUGUCCCUCUGAUAGUUGGCUGUGGUUUGAUCGGACUGGUAUUUUAUUUGCCAGUCUAGAUUGAAAAAGAAAAACAUAAGUUUUACAAUUAUUAAUAGUUUUAGUUUAUAAAUCAAGAAUUAAGUGGUUUUUCCCUCUUGCUGAUGUUGUUUAGAAGCUGAAUUUAUCAGAAAUAUGGUUUGUUCUUGUUGAUGUACUAUGGUUCAAAAAAGGAAAAAAAGAAAGAGGAAGAGAUUGUUAUUGUACUUUGAAUUGCUUGGUUUGAGUGCUAGGAAUGAGUGGAGCUCGUUUGUCUGGGUAUUUAACUUUUUCUUUUGUUUAUUAUAUAGUUGGAAUGUGCCCUACAUAUGGUGGAAUUUUAGAGCGGUCCACUACUGUUCCAGCUUUUAGGGUUUGGGUUAUAAUAUUUAAUUUUAUGGUUCUUUCAGGAAGAAUUGACAUCUUUUGAAAAGAUUUCCUAGCAUAAGAACGGUAUAGAUUGUCUAGGUUUCAUGACUAUGAAUAACACGUGUUUUUUUGU